UCAGGUGGGAUCCUGAUCCAGUUAGGAUUCCAUUUCCCGGUGGGAUCCUCUUCUCCAAUGGGAUCCCGUUUGCCACGUAUAAUCCUUUUGCUCGAUGGGAUCGUGUUACCGGUGGGUUCCAGUAUAUUAAUUCACCUUUAGGAUCCUCUUUCUCAUUGGGAUCAUGUUUCCAUUGGGAUUUUGUUCCCGGUAGGAUUAUAAAGGGUUUGUUUAAAGAAAAUACCCAUGAAAGUCUAGAACUAAACAAACAUUUCAAUAAACUUUUAGAUUCCAUUAUAUAUACCCAUAAAACAAUAUAGAACUUACUUGAAAUUUCUAGAUUAAAAUUAAUAUCCUCCUCAAAAGGUAUAAAAAUGUCUUUUCUAAGUAAGUAUUCUUUGAAUAUGAAAAAUUAUACAACUAAAUGCACCACUAUAGUUAUAGUACAUUUAAGUUAAAAGAGGAGCUCCAACAGGGCCCAUUCCUUAAUUGUACAGAAUCAAUUUUGCCUGAGAUGGGUGGGCCCCAUAAAAAUUAUUCAGAUAAAUUUUGGAGUUAAAAAUUUAAAUUUGUCGCAUUAAAAUCUCAAUAAUAAUGCCUUAGAUGUAGCUUAUUGAACUUUCUGGAAAAUUCUAGAUUGGAUAUUCUUAGUUUUUAAAUCCACGGAUAUUUCAAUACGGACAAUGAAGUGUAUUGCUAUAUCCAUCAAUUCACAUGGAACCUAUAGUGUUGUUUAAGUUUAUUGAUAUUUAUAUAGCUUAUGUAAGGAAAAAUUAAAUGGGGUCCUUGGCCCUAGAGGAAUGGAUAUUAUGAGUUCAGGACCCUUCACUAUUUGAAUAUGGAUAAUCAAGUGUAUGUGCACUGAGUUUUGUCAAUAUCCAUAGAUUCGUUUAGGUCAUUUUAUUUUUAAAGCUUAUAUAAGGAAAAAAACAAAUUCGGGGCCCCUGGCCCCAAAUGGAAUGUUAUAAAAAGUUCAUAACCCCCCCCCCCCUCUAAUUGAUUCUGGAUAAUGAUGGCUAUAUGUGCUAAGUGUGGUCAUUUUUUUUUUAAAACAUAAAAAAAAAAAAAAAAAAAUUCGGGGCCCCCGGCCCCAAAAGGAAUGUUAUAAAAAGUUCAUAACCCCCCCCCCCCCCUCUAAUUGAUUCUGGAUAAUGAUGGCUAUAUGUGCUAAGUGUGGUCAAGAUCCAUCAAUCCAUUGUGGAACAAACAAACUCACAAACCCACAAACAAAUGUUCACUGUUAUAUAUAUAUACUAGCCAAUAUACCCGGCAUUUGCUGGGAUAGCAUUCGGACCAAAGGAACUUCUACAGCUUUAUAAAUAACAUUUAAGCACUGUGCACAAAACAAAACCACCGCUCUAGUAAAAAUGAUAAUAAUAAACUUUCUCCUAUUAAAACACAUUUAUAAUAACUUGUGUAAAACUUUCGUUCCUUGAUAGGAUCCCGAUCCUGGAGGGAACCCAUUUGGAUCCCUUUUCCCAAUUGGAUCCCGUUUUCUGAUGUAUCCCAGUAUCCGGAGGAAUCCUUAACCUUUGGAUCCUGAUCUCGGUUUGAUCCCGAUCCCACCGGGAUCUUGUUACCGUCAGUAUUCCAAUCCUGUUGAGGUCCCAAUCCCUUCGGUACCGGUAUCCUGAUCUUCCUAUUAUCCCAUUUCCUGGUAGGAUUUCAAUCCCUCAGGAUCCCAUUACCGGUGGGAUCCCAAAAGUGUAUUCCAAUCCCGGUGGUAUCUUGAUCCCAGUGGGAUAACGGUGGGGUCCUGAUACCGGUGGGUUCCCAAUCCCAGGAGGAUCAAGUAUUCCGACAGUAUCCCAAUCCUGAUGGGAUCCUGAUCCCAUUAGGAUCACAAUCCAGGUUGUAUCAUGAUCCCUUUAGUAUCCCUAUCCCGUCGGUAUCCCGAUCCCAGUAGGAUCCCGAUCCCUUUGGUAUCCCUAUCCCGUCUUUAUCCCAACAAACAAACAAACAAACACAUUUUCACAUUUUUAUGUCUAAUUAGAGACCCACCAAAUUUCAGCUUCAGUGCCGAAAGUUGCCAUUUGAUCACUUUUGGCCUAGUUUUCAGUUUUGACAGAAACUGAAAAGUUAAGUUUCAGUUUACUUUCGGUUUCGGCCAAAACUUAAAAGUUAAGUUUUGGUUUACUUUUGGUUUCGGCCAAAAGUGUCUGAGACUUCCUGCCAAAAGUGAAAAAUGCCUUCGGUGUUCUAACAGAUUUCAUAUUGUCACUCUAUCUGACGGCUUGAAAUCCAAUAUUAAUUAUUGCAUGACGUAUUGCUGUCAUCGGUAAGAUAUCACAAAUAAUUUGCGAACACUGUAUUUUAUAAUGUCUGACUUGUCCAAUAUUUUAAGAAAUGAAAUUUAAAUAAGGCAAGGGAAAGGUUAACAGUUUUGUGGGAAAAAAAACUAUGGGGAAUGGUAAUAUUUAUAUUAUUAUUUUUUAUUUUUUUUUAAAAAUUGGGAACACUAGGCUUAAGUCAUUUAUUUGUGAAAUACAUUUUGAUUUAUCAUGAUCUUGCUCAUAAAUGUAGUCCUAGUGCAAGGUUACCAGCAUUGUGAAAAAUAAACAACUUAGGGAAUGGUAACAUUUCCUUUAUUAUUUUUUUACAUUAUUCUUUUAUUCUUUUUAAUUUGGGAUCCCUAGGCGUUCUCAAUGAAUUAAUUCAUUGACAUUCAUCAUUAUUGUGCUCAUAAAUGUUUUUCCUGAAAAUGAAAUAAAAGCUUAAAAUAUCCACACCAAAUUAGUCAAGUGCAAAGUGUAUGGAAACAAAUGUAAAGAAAUAAAAGAAUGAACCUUUAGUAACAUUUAAAAAAAUAAUAAAACAUCAUUACUUCUUUAAUUGUGUAUAAUUAGGGAAAAGUCGCCUUUUAUUUAAAUCAUAAGCCUACACGCACUACACACGUAUGUGUGUAUCACUGUUUCGUCAAAUAAUUAAGAAGUGGGACUGUAUUAUCAAACUAAACCAACAUUCGCUAAACUUUUGUUCAUUCUAGGUCAAAUCUAAAAUUAGCCGACCAAUGAUAAUUGCCAAUAAACAAUUUCAGGUCGACCAAUAAGAACACGAGUUUCAACAAAAAAUGUAUGGGUUCUCGGAAAAAAAGAGUUUUUUCAAGUCUUGUGUGUGGACAUUUUAAUGGGCAAUACCAUUAAACAAUAGAUAGCCUAAGCUCUCGAUCGAAACCCUUUAUAUGGUUAGAUAGCAUUGUAAUUAAAUUUUAAAAUCUACUAUUUUGCAUGAAUUUUGCCCUUCCCCAGGUAAAAUUUUUAAAUUACAAUAUUAAUUAAAAUUUUAUUUGUUAUCAGUUUAAAUUAUUUUUUAAUACAAUGGUAAAAGCCAAAGAAGGGGAGAAGUUUCACUUCAUUGGAUAAAUUGUAUUAGAGUCAUUUAAGAUGAAUAAAAAUUGCCACAAAAGUUGUUCCAUCAUUUUUUGCGGUGAUCAGAGCGUGUGUGAAAACGAGUUUUGAAAUAUUUAAAUAUUUCGGCUUCGGUUUCGGCAGACACUGAAAAGUUUACUUUCGGUUUUGGCAAAAAGUCAUUUUUAACUUUCGGUUUUGGCCAAAAGUCAUUUUCUACUUUCGGUCUGGUUUCGGCCAAAAUCAGAAAGUCACUUUCGGUUGGUCUCUACCUUAAAUACUAUGACUAUAACUAAAAUACAUUCACUGUUCAUCAGUUCUUUGGGUAGCCACUAUGACUAUAACUAAAAUACAUUCACUGUUCAUCAGUUCUUUGGGUAGCCACUAAGACUAUAACUAAAAUACAUUCACUGUUCAUCAGUUCUUUGGGUAGCCACUAUGACUAUAACUAAAAUACAUUCUCUGUUCAUCAGUUCUUUGGGUAGCCACUAUGACUAUAACUAAAAUACAGUCACUAUUCAUCAGUUCUUUGGGUAGCCACUAUGACAUAACUAAAAUACAUUCACUAUUCAUCAGUUCUUUGGGUAGCCACUAUGACUAUAACUAAAAUACAUUCACUAUUCAUCAGUUCUUUGGGUAGCCACUAUGACUAUAACUAAAAUACAUUCUCUAUUCAUCAGUUCUUUGGGUAGCCACUAUGACUAUAACUAAAAUACAUUCACUAUUCAUCAGUUCUUUGGGUAGCCACUAUGACUAUAACUAAAAUACAUUCACUGUUCAUCAGUUCUUUGGGUAGCCACUAUGACUAUAACUAAAAUACAUUCACUGUUCAUCAGUUCUUUGGGUAGCCACUAUGACUAUAACUAAAAUACAUUCACUGUUCAUCAGUUCUUUGGGUAGCCACUAUGACUAUAACUAAAAUACAUUCACUGUUCAUCAGUUCUUUGGGUAGCCACUAUGACUAUAACUAAAAUACAUUCACUGUUCAUCAGUUCUUUGGGUAGCCACUAUGACUAUAACUAAAAUACAUUCACUGUUCAUCAGUUCUUUGGGUAGCCACUAUGACUAUAACUAAAAUACAUUCACUGUUCAUCAGUUCUUUGGGUAGCCACUAUGACUAUAACUAAAAUACAUUCACUAUUCAUCAGUUCUUUGGGUAGCCACUGGUGCUUGAGUUUGAGAACAAGUUAAAUUAGUCUUGAGAGGCAAUGUCCAAGAAAUGGAAUUAUUGUCUCCCAUUGAACUUACAAUUACAACUCACAUUAAAUACAAUGAUUAUUAUAUUAGUUGCCUUUUCUUUGCUUAUUUAAAUCAGCACUGUUUUAGACUAUUGCUGAGGCAAUGGACCAAAAAGAUGUGCUUAGAAAUGGGUAAAUCUGAGGGGCAUAUUUGGUGCACUAUUAAAGUUAAAACAUGAAACCCAAAGUCAUCCCCAUAACAUGAUGAUCAUGCUGAGGUAUUUGUCCAAUUCAUGAAGAUUUUUCUGUGAUAAUCCUUACCUCUACCUUUUCUCCACACGAUUUUGUGUGUUUUUUUUUUUUAUGUGUGUGUUUUUAAUGUGUUGUCUUACAUAUAAAACUAAAUUCUUUAUUUCAACAAGAAACAAUAGUAAAAAAUUAUUGAGCCACCAUUUAAUUGACAUGUGCAAAAAUUUGUGACUGAUUUUGCAAAUGCAAGAUUAAGUAGGGGUUUUGAAAUUUUGGUAUAUUACAAGCUGAAGGAUUUUAGGUUCUGUGCUUUUUCAUGGCUGGAGAUAGAGUUUUUCCUGUCAUGAUUAUUUUUGUUUGUUUUGAAGAGUUCUCAAGUCCUUACUAUUAUAAAUAGCUGAAAGUUCAAUAACACUGUAUGUGCUAAUGAAAUCAUAAAAUGUUAAUAUCAAAUUUUUAAACAAGUGUUACUUUCUUUCCAAAUGAAUUUUACAUUUUCUUUAUUAAAGGAUAUGGAGGAACAGGGUUCAGGUCUUAGGAAGAAAAUUGAUCAAUCAAAAAAGGCGGACAUUUUACGGGACAUUCAUAAACUUAAUGUUCAGUAAGUCCACUAAAAUAAAAAAACAUCAUUAAUUGAAAUUCUGAAUUAUUAUUAUUUGAAAAUAUUUAAGACAGCUCUUGUUCUUUACAUUACUAUUUAAGGCGUAAUAAAAAAAAUGCAUAGGAUUUUUAUUUCUUAUCACUGCAUCCUAACCCCAAGCAUUAUUAAUUUUAAAUCUUAAUUCACUGGUCCAUAAAAUACAAUAUUGUUAUGAGAAUAUAAUAUCUUUUUAAAAAAAUGUCUUUCUAAGGAUUCAAGGAUUAGAGAGAGAAAAAUUAACUCACAUAUUCUGCAAGCGAUCAGAAUUCAGACAGGAAUUUUCAUCCUUGGAAGAGGAGGAGUCAAAAAUGGUUGAUGAAAGAAAAACUGAAUGUAAUGUACAAUAAAUGUUCAUUGUCUAUGAUGUUUAAAAUUUUAUGUCAAUUUUUAUAGCUCACCUCCAAAAUAUUUAAGGCAGUUUAUAAGUACAAUGCUUAUUUUUUAAAGAAAAUAAAUUUGUUAUAAAUGACCUGGUUUUAAAUCUUUUAAUGCAUUACAUUUUUUUAAUGUAUUACAUUUUUUAAUACAAUUUUUGAACUGUGGCCUGAAAAAAAAAAUGCAGUAUAAGGUGGAAGGAGAAACAUAAAUAAUUUGAUUUUAAUAAAAUGUUAAUGUUGAGGAGGAAAGGUUAUUUGCAUUUUAUUAGCAUUUUUUAUCAAGGGGUGCAGGACAUAUGUAUUGAAAUUGAAAUGGGUUUGAGGACAUAUGUUUUGAAAUUGAAAUGGGGUGGAGGUCAUAUUUUUAAAAAUUGAAAUGGGGUGCAGAACAUAUGUUUUGAAAUUGAAAUGGGUUGCAGGAAAUAUUUUGUUUAAUUGGGAUAGGGUGCAGGACAUAUGUUUUGAAAUUGAAAUGGGGUGCAGGUCUGGAAAGGUUAAGAAACUCAGAUUUAAUUAUUUUUUUCAUAGAAACACUUUUCCAACAAGAAAAUAAACAUUUUUAUAACAAGUUUGUGUAAUUUUAAAACAGAUAUAAAAUAAGUUUAUAAUUUUGUGUUGAAAUUUAUUUCUUAAUAUGUAUAGAAUUGUGUUUUAAGAAAGCAAAUUUAUAAUAUUAAAUAAUCCAAUGUUAAUUAUAUUUGGUGUCAUGAGAUUUUUUAUAAAUUUGGUAAUGUCACCGGAAGUUAUUUCUAUUCAGUGUAAAAUUAAAUCUAGCUAAUUUUAUAAAAAAAUUCACAGUGAUAAAAGUUAAACAGCAGCUACAAAAAAUAAGCCAUAUGGUUAAAAGAUUUCACCGUGAACUUCGAGAUGUUAAACCAACACCUGAAUGUGAGUAUUUUUUAAUAUACUUUUUAAAAAGAAGCAAAUAUAUGAUUCAUACCAAGACUGUCCUGCAAAUACCUAGACAGUCCUGCAGAUACCACGACGGUCCUGCACAUACCUAAACAGUCCAGCAGAUAUCCAAUAUGUAUUGAUAUUUUAUUUUCAUUUGCUGAUUGCUGAUGGAGAAGAAUAUAAAUAUAUUAAUACUAGAUAUAGCCCGCCAAACUAUGGUGCCGCAAAGCAUAAACUUCCUAUCUGCUAAAGUUACUCGACAAAAAAUAGUAAAUAUUAUGCACUAAACGCAAUAUUUUUAAAGACUUUCUUUCUACUCGCAUUUCCAUGUUGUGGAGUUUAUUAAUUUUUCAGAUAAUUUAAUAUUUAUUAAAAUGUAUUUUGUAGAGAAAGUCUGUGCAGAAAAUGUCUAAUAUUUCAUUGGCUACUUGUCUUCUGAUGCAUGUCAAAUAUUUCGCCUCGUCUAUUAUAUCCAACUUCACAAGACUCUCUCUCUAGUAAGAAGCAAAAAUGUCAAAUGUACACUACUCAGUACUUUAUUAUAUAAGAUAAGAUAAGAUUCUUUUAUUGAUCCAAAUAAAUGGAAAUGUUUUUUGAUUGCAUUAUACGCUGCAUAAAUCACACAAUUCCUUGAGAUCAGGAUAAUGUUAUAACAAUUAUAAUUGCGAUGCAGAGAAUAGAAAUACACAGGCAACAAGCCAUACUGCGAAUCUAAUCCAAACAUACUAUCCUCUCUGUCGCUCACUCUAGCUGACACACCCUCUAGAUUCUUAUUUCACUCUCUUGCUGAAAAUGGUUGUCUCUCCUUUUAUCACCCACAAUUCAGGCAACCAUCCAUGACUUGAAAACAGUUCACACAACCGAAUUGUCACAACAUCACAACACACACUGCAUCGCUGAUUCCAUGACCUUGACAUAAAAUAUAUUUUCUUAAAUUAAAAAUAAAAUAUUUAAGUUCCGUCUACAUUCAGUUCCAAUCCUUUGGCUAAUAGAGUGCUCAUCUACAGUUCUGCACAGCCUUUCUUUGCAUAUGCAUUUUAAGGAAUUUUAAAUAAUUUUCUUCAUUUUAGUGUGUUUCAAUUUGUCUUUGAUCGAAAGUAUUUUUUAAGAAUCUCAUUUAGCGCAGUUGUCAGGGAUUUUAUUUAACAAAAUCAGCGCCAUCUUGAAGGGUUAGUGACACUGAUACCGGUACAUAGAAAACCUUGUAUUUUGAUAUUUUUUUUCUUCAGUUUUUAAAGGUGUUUGAGAAGGUUAAAAUACAUUAACAUUUGUCUUUCAGUUGUUGAAAAAUUAAAGUUGAUUAUGGAAGAAAUUGAAGGCACGAUCAACUCCUUCAAAGAGCAGCAAAGGUUAAAGUGAGUCAUAUUGGAAUGAAUGUUCUUGUCUCUAUUUUUCUUGUGUUUUUAUGAUGAUUGAUAACUGAUAACUGAUUAAUAACUGGUUAUUCAUAAUUGAUAACUGAAUUCCAUUACAUUAAAUUUGAGCUCAAUGAUCUUUUACAAAUUAGGUCAGUUAGAAUGUUGAAGUUGUAUAUUUUUAGUUUCUUCAUGUGAUAAAAUUGUCUUUUUAUUUGUAAGUUAGAAAAAUAUAAAUCAUCUUGGAUCCUGCUAUCUUAAACACAAUCUAUUUAUUAUUUUAUUGCUUUUGAUUUUCUCUUCUUGAAAACUAAGUGUAGUUUUUAUUUUGUAAGUACUACAGUACUGUUGCGAGAUCAUUAGGACAAACUAGAAUUAGGGCUUAAAUGUUAAAUUAUUAUAAUAAAAAAAAGCACUGAGAUUGAUUUAACAGAAUAGCUUUGUUUGACAGAUAUGAUGAGCUGAUGCGGUCGGAGCGCUCAUUGUUUCAAGAAUUACAGCAACAAGAAACUAAAUUUGAUAGCUGGAAUCAGUUACCCAAGACAGAUCUGAAAAAGCAAGGAGCGGUGUCUGCGCGAUCUCUUGCAAGUGAUAUGGAUGUGACUAAAGAUCUGCCUCCAGAAGUUGCAGCUUUUGAUGUAAUUAUUAAAUUAAAUAUUAAUGAUCUUUCUUAUAUUAAUAAUCUGUUUAUUUUAUAUUUUAAUUAAUUUCCAUUAUUUGAAUAAAGAAGUUGCCGGAUAAACAAAUUUUUUCCUCCAACUAAGGAUUUAAAUAAAAUAAAAAUUUAAACUAAUUUUAAGUUAUAAUAAUAUAAUAAUAAAGCUUUUUUGAAAAUCACACUUCAUACCCAAAGGCUCGAAGCACGGUACAAAGUCAUCCAUAUUAAAAGAGAAAUGAAAAAAAUCUAUGUUUUACCACAUUGAAAUACAAAAUGCAACAUAACAAAAACUACAUAUGAGAAUACCAAUUCUAAGUCUUUCGUCCCUUGCAACCAUAAACAACACAGGCCACUAUACAUCUAGGAGAUAAUAGUUAGCUGGAAAAGAUGGUAGACAACAUCACCCCAACAGGGGUUUGCGAAAUAGAUAUGUUUUCAAAUCGGUUUUGAAAGACUCCAGUGUCUGGCUGUUUCUGAGAGCGACAGGAAGUGUGUUCUAAAUUGUUGGGCCAGUAAAUGCAAAAGUGCGCCUUCCGUAAGUCUCAAGGCAAACACGUGGUAUCGAGAGUUUACCACUAUCGGAUGAGCGGAGUUGUCUAGCGGGUACAUAAGGCGUCAUGAGCACUUUGAAAUAGGAUGGCGCCAGGUCAUGCAAGCAGCGGUACCACAGAGUUGCAAUUUUGUACUGUUAUGAUAAAAGUGCCUUUAAAUCUAUUUCACAUAUUUUAUAUUCUUAUACUAGAGCAACAGAAACAAGUCAAAAUAGGAUUUUACUUUUCAUGAAAGUAACAUAAAUUAUGUUCAAACAUCUGCUAAUAUGAUUCAUGAAAAUAACAUAAAUUAUGUUCAAACAUCUGCUAAUAUGACCUUUAACUUAAACUUUCUUGUUUCCUACUGACAGCCAUCAUUAUUAGUAUGCUUUUUUAAAUGUCUGAAUUCAUCUUAAAAUACUUGAUCAAAACUAAGACUAAGACGGUUCUCAUGCAAGCUGUUCUGUUGAUUAAGAGGUUUGUUUAUCAGUUUGAAAAUAUAUUUGCUAGUAGAAUUAGAACGGCUGUGGACAAGUUAAUUUGUAACUAAUUAAGAUUUGGAUGAAUAAUACUUAUUUUAAUUGACAGAAAUUUGUUCACCAAACUGGUGGUCAUCGUGGAGGUUGGGAUGAAUAUGAUCAUCAAACAUUUCUGCGAUACAGAAAUAUGUACAAGGUAUUUUUUAAACAUUUGACAACAUUAAAAUUAAUUUUGUUAUGAAUUGAAAUGGCUGCACCUUACAUUGAUUGCAUGAAUUGAACUUGAUGUAUUUUACAUGGGUUGCAUGAAUUGAACUGGCUGCACCUUGUAUUGGUUGCAUGUCGUCUAUCACCAAAAUAAGGAAACUAAACAACAUCUUGAAAUUAAUUUUCUAUUUAACAAUUUAAAUUUUGUUAUCUACAAAAAUAUUGAUAAAUUGAUCAUUAAAAGAUCACCUUAACCAUGUGAGUGUGGAAGAAACUUGAUUGCUUAUUAAAAUAUUUAACUCCUAAGGGUAGAAUUGUGUUUCUGGAUCAUGUGAAGCCAUUACUGCCUAUACGUACAGAAGCUGAGAUACGAGAGCAUGAGACAUGGUUUCAGGAGUUCAACUUUCUCAAGGAGAACAAAAAAUAUGCCAUAAAAAAAUGGAGAGAAAAAAAAGAGGUUAGUCUGUAGAUCAUUGAUUGACAUUUUUGUCUGAGGUGUCAGGGCAGAUUGUCUGAGGUGUCGGGGCAGAUUGUCUGAGGUGUCAGGGCAGACUUAGGGCAGAUUGUCUGAGGUGUCAGGGCAGACUUAGGGCAGAUUGUGUGAUGUGUCAGGGCAGAUUGUCUGAGGUGUCAGGGCAGAUUGUCUGAGGUGUUAGGACAGACUUAGGGCAGGCAUACAAAUUCCCUCAUAGUCUACUAAAUCAAGUCAAGUAUUUGGUUUAUUUGGCUAAAACAUUUGGAGUUUUUAAAAUUUAAUUUGAGACUAUAUACUGCUUACUCUUAUAGUUGAAGAUUAAUAUCUGCAAAAUGUUCAAUUUGAAAACUUUUAUUAUGACACUGGAGUGGAUUGAAUCUGUUUUAAUUCAUGCAUCAUUGGAGCAAAUUGGAUAACACUAUGACAUUUGUAGUCCACAGUGGCUUUUGUAGUCCACAGUGGCUUUUGUAGUCCUCAGUGGCUUUUGUAGUCCUCAGUGGCUUUUGUAGUCCUCAGUGGCUUUUGUAGUCCUCAGUGGCUUUUGUAGUCCUCAGUGGCUUUUGUAGUCCACAGUGGCUUUUGUAGUCCUCAGUGGCUUUUGUAGUCCACAGUUUAAAAUUGUUUUUUUUACCAUUCUAAUUCCAUAAAUAUAAGGGUAUAUUGAGACCUGUCUGGUUAUAAAACUCUAUUAUAAUUAGAUAUUAAUUAAUUGAAUUGUUUUCUAAAGGAAGAGAAGGAAGAUGCAAUAACACAGGUACAGGACGAGCUGGAGGAGAUGAAGGAAGAAGAAGCUAGAAGAAAAGCUCAACAAGCUGCCCUCACCCUGGACAAGAUGGACAGAUGCAAGCAACUCAAUGCAUGGAAGGUAACUCUUGGAUCAAACUUUUUUUAUCUACCUUUAGUAAAGGCGUAUGUUUUAUUAAAAUUAAUCACAGGCGGAUAUAGCAGCAGCUUUAACCCUCUUCUUCUAUAUUUUGAGGGCCCACAAUCAAUGUAUUGAUCAUUCUGAUGGCUGGGCCGAUCUAUGUGUAGCAGAUGCAUUAAUAAUAAAAUUCAGUUGCUUGACUCGGCUUAUAUGAAGGAAACAUUGUGGCUUAACAUUUUUAGUGAUAUUUGCUGUAGAAUGGAUGUGAUGUUCAAAUGUCAAAUAUUGCCAGCUAGUUAUUGUUUAUGGCCAGAUAAUUUUAUCACUGGUGUCAUUUGAUCUCUACAAAUCACAUUGACUAAGUAUAAACAUUUAUAUCCCAGUUAUCAUUAUGAAAUAGUUGGUUACAGUUAUAUUAAAUUUUUUCAACAUUUCCUUUUCUAGGUGCAGAAGGAGUUGGAGAAAGCAAUGAAAGAAGAAAAGAAUAUGAAAGAGGAAAUGGAGAAAAAAAGGAAGCAAGAGGAAGAAAGAAAAAAACAAGUAAUACUGAUCUGCAUACAUGGGUAUUUUCUUGACCAAUGGAAAUGAUAAAUGACAGUCUCAAGCUGUCCACCUGGCGAUUGCUUCAAGACGUAUUUAAUACUUUAUCGCGACUAUAAAACUUAAUUAUAAAUUAUAACUAUUGGGUAACAGCGGGACCAAAUCAUAAAAUUAUAACACAGCGCAUUCAUUUUAUUAUUUAUUAUGACUUACUCCCACUCUCAGCUGGAGGCCAAAAAGUUGGUUGAGGAGUUUCGUCAACAAAAGCAGUUGGAGGAAGACUUGCUGCACAUGAUAGAGGAGGAGAGAAAGCAGCACGAGGCAGAACAAAAGAAAGCAGUCAUCGCUAAAGAACUUGGGCGAUUUAGGAACAGAGUAUGUUGUAAAAUGCAUUAUUUGUAAUUGAAGCUUCUGGUAUAGUCAUCACAAAGGACAUCAAGUCUUUUUAGUCAUGAAUCUGGUUAGGGGCCAUCCAUAUGUAUGUAUGUAUAUGAAUUGGCUCUUAGCUUAAACACACUAGGAUAAACACACCCAAACAUGCAAGUUUAGCAUACCUUUUUCUUAUAUUUCAUUUGGUUUUAAUCUAAUUAAUUGUAUAACAUUAAUUUCUUGAUCCACCUUGACCUUUCAGCACCAGUACGUUGUUUGAUGUCAUGAUUAACUAGCUCUUGUUUAUCUGCUCUUGUUUGACCAUCCACAAUUCUAGUACUUAUGCACCAGCCCCGGGGCUCUUGUCGUCAUGUCGAUCAAUGACAUGUUUGAUAAAGAGGCGCUCGCCACGAACCCCCUGGAGCGUUACCCGGGGAACAGUACCACCGUGUAGGGGACCCGCGCUGAAAGGCAAAGGUAACGCACGGAGACUGCGUUAAAUCGAGCACGAUUGCAUGGCUUCCCACCAAGUGCAGUCGAACUAUUUUACUAAACGCAGAAACAGGUUGGGACAUGAUUACAGUUGCCGUAUGGAUAUGAGGUGAAGGUGUGUGGCAACCUUUCACCGGUGAUUUUAAAUAUGCAGUCUUGAGGGUACUGCUCCAAGGCAACCUCUCUCUCCCAUCUACGGUGUGAAUUAGUCGCACCGUAGAAUAACCAUACAAACCCUAGUAGAGGGCGUCGGUCUUAAACAACUACGCGGUCCCCCCGGGGUGGUAAGGGGGGACUUUAGAGACGUUAAAUAUCCACCCCAACCCCUUAGAAAGUCCGGCCCUGUUGCUGCGUGAGCAGCAAUCCGGCUGGCCAGGUGUUUCUUCUCUGGGGCUGCCACACUCAGCGGCCAAUCGAGUGGAGGUCGAGUGUGGCGGUCUUAGGGGCGGAGCGUCCCUGGCGUGCCGCUUCGCGGCCCGAUCGGAAUAAAGACCACUGGGGGAGUGGUUGACGGCCGGUUUGGUUGGCGGGGUGGUGCGUUGGGGAGGACCAUAUGAGCCUCAAGGCUCGGUGUUCGCUGAUUUUCUUAAGUUAGUUAGUUAGUACUUAUGCACUGACAGGGCAAAGGGGGUGGUGUUGACUUGGAAGCAUAGGGGUAUGCAUGGGGGUGGGGGUAGGGGGCGUCAAAAUAUAUAAAUCAUAAUGAUCACCAUAUUGUUGCUUUAUGUUUUCACAAUGAACUCGCACAGCAAAAGUAAUGUGUAGCAUAUUAGGGUUUACACCAAGUUAAAAUUUAGUAAACAUUUGCUUUUGUGCUGAUGGGGUAAUUUUGUGACAUAAUUAUUUCAUUCUUGGGGGGAAUGACAGCUGUUUAAAAAUAGAGGACGAAAAAAUGCCUUCUCAACUGCUCUGCACAGCAGCGUUACAUUUUAACAUAGUUUAAAAGAUUAAGAUCUAGCUAGCACAUAGUUUAUAAGAUUAAGAUCUAGCUAGCACAUAGUUUAUAAGAUUUAGAUCUAGCUAGCACAUAGUUUAUAAGAUUAAGAUCUAGCUAGCACAUAGUUUAUAAGAUUAAGAUCUAGUCAGCACAUAGUUUAUAAGAUUAAGAUCUAGUAAGCACAUAGUUUAUAAGAUUAAGAUCUAGUCAGCAGCAUUUCAAAUCUUUUUUUUUUUUUUUAGAAGUCACAAAGCAGCUGUACAAGUUUAAAACCCCAGUUUUAUUCCAGCAUUUCUCUCCCCUUCACCCAAAACAGCUUGUGGUAGUUAGUUAUAUGACCACAAUAUUUGAACAGAAAAUAAAAUCAGGCUCAAUGCAGGGGUCGGGAAUCUUUUUUUUGUUGCAAUAAUGCACUGUAUAGAAAUAUAUAAACAAAUAUAUAAACAAUAGUCAUCUACUUUGAGCACUGACCUUUAUUAGAAUUGCAAUGUGAUUAGUUAUUAUAUAAAUUAUACUGUAUGUUUAUUUAUUUACUAUUUCAAUACAGUAUUAUAAUGAUUUUGAGAUGGUCAAGUACUAUUUGGGGAGUUCCAGUGUAACCAGGUCUUUUAUUUCAGUAAUUUCGACUAUUCCCUUGAGUGCAUUUGUAGGUUAUUUAGAAGGAUGAUAUCCGUAAAGAUUUUAUUUAUUAUAUCCAGCUGUAACUUUCAUUUAUAAAUGGAUGAACCUAACUUGUAAAAAGAACGUUAGUUUUAGACAUUCUGCAUGAGAACUUCAAAACUGACUGGAUCACCAAAUGACUUGGGAUUAUUGAUACAUCAAACUUCAGAAUGUAGUUUGCAAUAUUAUCAACUCAAUUGAUAACUUAUAUUAGGGUACUGAGAUCUGAAAUGAUAUUCUACAUCUUUCUACUGUAAUAAAAACUUGUGGUCCCCUUGUGUUGUUCUGAAAAUGAGGAGGUUGUGGUGCUGACCUUGCAUUGUGCUGAAAAUGGGGAGGUUGUGGUGCUGACCUUGUGUUGUUCUGAAAAGGGGGAGGUUGUGGUGCUGACCUUGCAUUGUGCUGAAAAUGGGGAGGUUGUGGUGCUGACCUUGUGUUGUUCUGAAAAGGGGGAGGUUGUGGUGGUCCCCUUGUGUUGUUCUGAAAAUGGGGAGCCACUUUGGUCCAAGAAAUUGCUUUGGCCCAAUGGGGUCAUAUAGAAGGAUAAAAAAUAUAUUUAAAAAGCAACCUUUUAUUGGUAUUUUUUAUGACUUCAUUGACGUAUCUAUCACUCCCAGGAUAUGCAACGUCUCCUUCAAAAACAAGAAAAGGAGAAAGAAAAGGAAGAACUACUUAGAGAAAAACAAAGAAAACUGGAAUCAUUAAAAACUCAGGUAAGUUACUCAGGUAAAUUAUUCAGGUAAAUUUGAAAUUUUUUUUUUAUUCAAAAGAUUUUUUUUAAUCAACAUAAAAUACAUUUUCUAUUUAACUGAUAACUAUGUAAAUUGUCUGCCCUUUGUACAGGUAGAAGUACCGAGGGAUCCCAGCCGACUCCUACAGCCCACAGCCGGUUGGAAGGAAAGACUCAAGGAACCUGGUCCCUCUGGUUCGGGUCCUGUAAUCCACAUGCCCCACCGUGCUGUGCCUUCUUGGAGACAAGGCUUGUAUUAA